GAGAUCACUGGCAAAUUUCCUGGCUACUUAUCUCCAUCCGCCGGUUUGAAGUUCGCCGAUGUGCCUAAUGGUUUGGCUGCCAUCUCAAAGGUCCCAGCCGCAGGAUGGGCUCAGAUCUUGGCCUACAUGGCUUUCUGCGAGGUCUCCCAGGAACAGACCCCAGGAAGUGCUGCGUAUGCUGGAGACUUUGGAUUCAAGGUGUUGACUGCUUCUGACCCGGCUGAGAAAACCAAAAAGCUUAAUGCCGAAAUCGCUAACGGAAGACUUGCGAUGAUGGCCAUCAUCGGCAUGUUUUUCCAGGAUGGUCUGACCGGAAGCGCCUGGGGAGACUGGGCCAACUACACAGCAUCUCCUUUGCGCGCAUUCGAGAAUGAACUUGGCGUGCAGGCGCCCGUGGGUUUCUGGGAUCCUGCCGGCUUUACCGCCGACGGAAGCGUGGAGGACUUCAAGCGACGUCGCGCCACCGAGAUCAAACAUGGUCGCAUUUCGAUGUUGGCCACCAUGGGAUACAUCACCCCAGAGAUCACUGGCAAAUUUCCUGGCUACUUAUCUCCAUCCGCCGGUUUGAAGUUCGCCGAUGUGCCUAAUGGUUUGGCUGCCAUCUCAAAGGUCCCAGCCGCAGGAUGGGGUCAGAUCUUGGCCUACAUGGCUUUCUGCGAGGUCUCCCAGGAACAGACCCCAGGAAGUGCUGCGUAUGCUGGAGACUUUGGAUUCAAGGUGUUGACUGCUUCUGACCCGGCUGAGAAAACCAAAAAGCUUAAUGCCGAAAUCGCUAACGGAAGACUUGCGAUGAUGGCCAUCAUCGGCAAGUUUUUCCAGGAUGGUCUGACCGGAAGCGCCUGGGGAGACUGGGCCAACUACACAGCAUCUCCUUUGCGCGCAUUCGAGAAUGAACUCGGCGUGCAGGCGCCCGUGGGUUUCUGGGAUCCCGCCGGCUUUACCGCCGACGGAAGCGUGGAGGACUUCAAGCGACGUCGCGCCACCGAGAUCAAACAUGGUCGCAUUUCCAUGUUGGCCACCAUGGGAUACAUCACCCCAGAGAUCACUGGCAAAUUCCCUGGCUACUUAUCUCCAUCCGCCGGUUUGAAGUUCGCCGAUGUGCCUAAUGGUUUGGCUGCCAUCUCAAAGGUGCCAGCCGCAGGAUGGGGUCAGAUCUUGGCCUACAUGGCUUUCUGCGAGGUCUCCCAGGAACAGACCCCAGGAACUGAUGCGUAUGCUGGAGACUUUGGAUUCAAGGUGUUGACCUCUUCUGACCCGGCUGAGAAAACCAAAAAGCUUAAUGCCGAAAUCGCUAACGGAAGACUUGCGAUGAUGGCCAUCAUCGGCAUGUUUUUCCAGGAUGGUCUGACCGGAAGCGCCUGGGGAGACUGGGCCAACUACACAGCAUCUCCUUUGCGCGCAUUCGAGAAUGAACUCGGCGUGCAGGCGCCCGUAGGUUUCUGGGAUCCCGCCGGAUUUACCGCCGACGGAAGCGUGGAGGACUUCAAGCGACGUCGCGCCACCGAGAUCAAGCAUGGUCGCAUUUCGAUGUUGGCCACCAUGGGAUACAUCACCCCAGAGAUCACUGGCAAAUUCCCUGGCUACUUAUCUCCAUCCGCCGGUUUGAAGUUUGCCGACGUGCCUAAUGGUUUGGCUGCCAUCUCAAAGGUGCCAGCCGCAGGAUGGGGUCAGAUCUUGGCCUACAUGGCUUUCUGCGAGGUCUCCCAGGAACAGACCCCAGGAACUGAUGCGUAUGCUGGAGACUUUGGAUUCAAGGUGUUGACCUCUUCUGACCCGGCUGAGAAAACCAAAAAGCUUAAUGCCGAAAUCGCUAACGGAAGACUUGCGAUGAUGGCCAUCAUCGGCAUGUUUUUCCAGGAUGGUCUGACCGGAAGCGCCUGGGGAGACUGGGCCAACUACACAGCAUCUCCUUUGCGCGCCGAGUCCGCUUAG